UGUGUUGGGUCUUCAUUGCUGCAUGUGGGCUUUCUCUAGUUGCGGCGAGCAGGGGCUACUCUUCAUUGUGGUGCACAGACUUCUCAUUGCAGUGGCUUCUCUUGUUGUGGGGCACAGGCUCUAGGCGCAUGGGCUUCAGUAGUUGUGGCAUGUGGGCUCAGUAGUUGUGGCACAUGGGCUUCGUUGCUCCACGGCACGUGGGAUCUUCCUGGACCAGGGCUCAAACCCAUGUCUCCUGCAUUGGCAGGCGGAUUCUUAACCACUGCACCAUCAGGGAAGUCCCAUACUUGUUUUAAGAUUACAUUAUCUUCUCAUGUAUAUUUGAGAUAUUGAUAGAUUUUGUAAAAGUUUUCCUUCCACCAAGUAUCUUUUUACUCUGAGUUGAUUUAGUUUCUUUGGUUUGGUUGCUGUCUUUCAUGUUAAAGACUUAGAGAGAUCUGGUGAUUGAUAUUUGCCUGUUUAUAUUUAAGUGUGAGGCACUAAAAGGCUGAAUGGAAGCUCUGAGCAUAUGGUGAGGCAAGUUGUUGAAUCAUCUUGAUAGGCCAGAGAUCAUCUUUUUUAACCUCUCCAAAGCAUAAAUCUCCAGACUUCUUUUAGGAGGGGACAGUUUGAACUGGUUACUUUUUAAAAGUACUUCCUUUUAGUAAGUACUAAGUUUUACUAUCUCCUGUUCAAACACACAUAUUCGCACUUUCACCCUAAUGUAGAUAAUUACUUGGUAUCUGACCAGUUCCUUAUCCUUUCUGAGAGUUCUGCAGGUUGCAUCUUGACUUUCUGAUUGAGCUUCCUAAUUCUCUUUAGUCAUUUACCACUUAUCUGCCUGCUUUUUGCUUCAGAUUUUUACUGCUUUUUCUCUUCCUAUUCACUGUAUUUCUCUACUUAAAAACAAAUUCCUUUACUGUCAUUUUGGUGGGAAUUAGGGAGAGGCAGAAAGUAAGUGGGUAUGCUCAAUAUGCUGUUUCUAUCCAGAAGUAGUAUAUUAUCUCUUUGGUAAGAUUCUCUGUUUUUUAUCUUCGUUUUUAGGAACUCUGGCUAGUGAGAUGUUGGAUAUCUUUGAAUGAUUCUUUAAUUUUUAUCUCCCCUUUCCAUUUAUUUUGCACUAUUUUCUUGAUUUUUCUCAGUUUUCUCUUUUAAGCCUUCUGUUGAAUUUUUAUGUCAUUUUUAAAAAGACUUUUUCUUUUUUUUUUUCGCGGUACGUGGGCAUCUCACUGCUGUGGCCUCUCCCGUUGCAGAGCACAGGCUCCGGACGCGCGGGCCUAGUGGCCACGGCUCACGGGCCCAGCCGCUCUGCGGCAUGCGGGACCUUCCCGGACCGCGGCACGAACUCGUGUCCCCUGCAUCAGCAUGUGGACUCUCAACCACUGUGCCACCAGGGAAGCCCAAGACUUUUUCUUUUGAAGUUCCAUUUUCAUAGCACUCUUGUAUCAUGGAUGUGUAAUAUCUUUUUAUUUUUAAGAAUAUUAAUGGCUUUUAAGUUUAAAUUUGCACCUUGCAUUGUUUAUUUUCUGAGUCUCCCUCCUCCCCCUUUUUUUGUUUCAAUCUCUACUGUGUUAAAGAUUGUUCUUGGAUGUCUUGUGGUCUUUCAGUAUCUGUUUAUAUUCAAGAAGGAGGGGUUAAAAACUGGAAGUUUUGUGCACGUGGCUGGAGUUUGUUGAUUGGUAGACUUUUUAGUGAAUGAUUGAAUAGAGACCUGGAAGUAUUCUUCGGGAACCUCUAAAUAUCAGUGUCUGCUGGUUGUUGGGCCUAUCAUUUUCUCCAGAGAAGAAUUGUCCAUUCUCCCGUCUGUGGGAUCUAAGUCUGACAACCAGUGUUAAGAGAGCUGAUUGGGGAAGAAGGCUCAGAGACUCAACAUUCAUUGUGCAGGCGUUAAUUUAACUGCAUGUCUGAGUCCUCCCCCUACCCUUUAUUUUCAGCUCUUCAUUGUCACCCUAAGUUUUAUAUAAUACCCCCAAGCCCAAUCUUCUCUGGUUUAAUAUCUUUAAAAAUUAAUUCUUCUGGGUUUUGCCAGAAUUGGGGAAAAGCCAUCAUCAAAUCUCUAUAAUUAGGCAAGACAGAUGAUCUGGGAAGUCUAAUCACACUAAUACAGACAUUCAGCCAAUCAUCUUGUUUUCAUACAUUUUGCAACCCUACCUUCAGAGGUCCCUGCUGUCUCCAAUUCCUGACUUUUGUUUGUAUCAUGUGUUAUGAAUUAAUUGGCUUUCUUCUCACUGGGUUCCUCACCUUGUAGAUCCAGCAUAGUAGAGAAAACUGAAACCUAAAUCAGUUACUGCUUGUCCAUCUAUUUCAUGUCUUCCAAAAUUUGUUGAAAAUUUUUUUCUACUGUCAUCUCUUUUCCUAUUCUUUGUUUUGAGGAGUUUUACUUUCCUUCCUGUGUAGUUUAUUUAGUCAGAUUUUGGGAGUAAGCAGAAUUAAUACAUAUCUUAUAUCUUUUAUUUUCAACCAGAGACUGCUGAACCAUCUUUUAAAGCUGUUAGUAGAUACCAUUUAAAAUACAUGAUAUGAUUUGACAUUCGACACCACUAUGCUAUCUCUCUAUUGACUUUUUUGGAUUGAUUUAGGUAUAAUUUAGAGUAGAAGAGCCAGAACAAAGCCUUAAGAGUUGAUGUCUUCACAGGGUUUAUAUUGUACUGGGUAGAAAUACUGAUCAUGCAUGUCAGUUGAGAAAUUUCCCCAGAUGUUCGGUGUUGUACUUAUUCAAGAGCAGAUUAAAGAGCAGAUUAAAUUCAAGAAUUUAAAAUAUUACUAUUUAGUUCUAUAGUAUUAAAUAUAUGAAAAUAUUUAGUCAGAAUAAAGACCAUCCCUAGACAUCGUCAUAUGAAACACACUAAAAAAUAUUUUAACUUGAUAAUUAGCACUAGCUGAAUGUAUGUCUUACUACUUUUUUCAUACUUUGAGUUUUUAUGUUCUCUGAAAUAUUGUUUAUUAUGGAAUAUUCUUGUUUUUGCUUCAUUCUCUUCAUGGUUUGUAGCUAUGAUGUAUUUGCAUAGAAACGCGUAUCUUGAUACCCAGUUUUAUUUAAUGUGAUACAGCCCUUAGUACCUACUUACCAGAGAAAUUAGAAAAACGUACUUCUUAGUAACUACUCAAAUUAUUUUUUAUGUGAAUAAAUUUUUAUCUUUCAUUUCACUCAGUAAUGCCUAAUAAUAUGAGAGCAAAGGUCCCAAACAGUCUUCAGCACUGAACUGGCUCUGCUUAGUUUUAAGUAGCACACUCGUGAAAGGCACCAAACAAUAGCAUCCCUGCGGGAAUCUAGUAGCUCGCUGUCUCUCCAUCCCAGAGAAGACAGAAACUGGUUAAGGGCUUUAUAAUCCAAGCUAUUUUCUGCCAACUUUGACCCUCCACAAAGGGGGUAGAGAAGAAGAAGGAAAGUAGAAUUGUGUGUAUGAUUUUCUUUCAAACUUGUAGCAUGUGAGAAAAUGACCUGCUGCCUUCAAUGGCAUGCAGGAAACCAGAAUUAAAUGCCAGAUAUCCAGAUUAACACCAAGGAAGAGUCUGUUAAUAGCCUAUCUUUUAUCUUAGUUAUAACAUAUCUGGUAUGCCUUUCACACCCUAUGAACAGUCUAGCUGCAGUGACCUCUGUCUGGCUUCUCUUUAUUUUCUUAUUGUAUGUAUCUACUUAUUAGUCAAACACAUGUCUCCAUUGAUUACAUAGGACAAUGGCUCCACUUAAUUCCAGAGUCACACAUACAUCAGUUGAUUCAGAAAUUCUCUGCAGUUGUUACUGAUGAAAUGUCCUUUGUUAAAGUGGUCCCCAAAUUAGACACAUAUAACGUAAAUAAUUGGUUCACUUCAAAGUGAGGAAGAAAAUGGUUUUAUUUUUGUGGUCAUUUUCCCCCCCAUCAGUUUUAUUUGACAUUCUUGUGUCGGACAACAGUUAUAAUUUUUACAUAAUCUUGAAAGUUUUAAAAGCACAAGAAUGAUUUUUUAAAACAUGUUACACUAAAAUCUUGAACCCUGGAACCUAAAACUGACCCAUCCCUUGUCAUCAGCUCUGCUUUCUGCUUCAACUGAGUUGUACAUGCAUCUAAGCUAUGACACCUGCUUCCAGUCUUACUCCUAAACUCAUACAAAUUCUCAGCUCUACUGUCUUGCCCAUUUGUAAUUCUAACCACCUAUUUGUCCAAGCUGUGUGUUCUGGUUCCACUUAAUGCCAAGUUACAUGGUAUGUAGAAGGUAAGGGGUAAAGAAAGCCUUAUAAUGAGGAUGGAGCGGUUGUAGUAAUUGUCUUUCCUAUAUGAUGGCCCAUAACAUCUUAGAGUCACUGGAGAAAUGUCUACUGAUUUCAUAAUAUGAAGCAUGUAAUUUUCAUUUAUGAAUAAAGAAAAGUAAAAAGGUAAAAAUGGUGCUUGCAAAAAAUUCAGAGAUCCUUUGGUGGAAGUAAAACUUUUAAAAAUUAAAAUAUUCUACAAUUGAUGGAUUUCUUUUAAAAAAGAACCUUUUCUUAUGAAUAAGCUGUAUCGCAGAGUAAUAUUGAGUCAAUUACGUGAAUUUGAGUGAGAAGAAAGCUAUUCUACAAAGAAUGAUAAAGCUUCUCAGUAGUCCUAUUAUAUUUGGUUAAAGGACUGGAUCAUUAGUCACAUUUCCACAGUGCUUGUAUUUUACAAUGUGGAUGGUUUAAGGUACAAAACCCUAUUAUGUAUGUUUUUAAGGCUAUGUUUUAAAAUUUUAAUUUGUCUUGGUUGCCAGACAUGCAAAUUUUAUACAAAGCAAAAAGUUGUGAAUGGUUUAAAUUGAAAUAAAUUCUAAGGUUUUCUGUGUUAAAUAUUCAGUUCUAUAUGUAGAUUUGUAAAUUAAUGGUCUACAAAUUAAAUGCUGUAUUUGUUUGCUGUAAGAAAUAGACAACUACAGUAAUGCAACUUAGUCACCUCUUCUGAAUUCCUUAAACGAUUCUAAAUUACUGUAUUCUUUACAAAAAUGUUCUGCUUUAGAUUAAUAAGAGAAGCGAAACACUAAACCCUGAAGUGAACUGCAUAAGAUACCAUGUUUCCUAGUGAGAAAGGAACAGAUUCAAAGCUAUUGAAUUUGAGCCAAGCAAUGGCAGUCUUGAUUGUAACAGAAAACUAUCUGGAAUUUGGACUCGAAACAGGGUUUACAAAUUUUUCAGACAGUGCGAUGCAGUUUCUCGAAAAGCAAGGUUUAGAAUCUCAGGGUCCUGUUUCAAAACUUACUUUCAAAUUUUUCCUGGCUAUUUUCUGUUCACUCAUUGGGGCUUUUUUGACAUUUCCUGGAUUACGACUGGCUCAAAUGCAUCUGGAUGCCCUGAAUUUGGCAACAGAAAAAAUUACACAAACAUUACUUCAUAUCAACUUCUUGGCACCUUUAUUUAUGGUUCUGCUCUGGGUAAAACCAAUCACCAAAGACUACAUUAUGAACCCACCAUUGGGUAAAGAAAGUGUCCCUUUAAUGACAGAAGCUACAUUCGAUACUCUGCGACUCUGGUUAAUAAUCCUGCUGUGUGCUUUGCGGUUGGCCAUGAUGCGUAGUCACCUGCAAGCUUACUUAAACUUAGCCCAGAAAUGUGUGGAUCAGAUGAAGAAAGAAGCAGGGCGAAUAAGCACGGUUGAGCUUCAGAAAAUGGUCGCUCGAGUCUUUUAUUACCUUUGUGUCAUUGCACUGCAGUAUGUGGCUCCUCUGGUCAUGCUGCUUCACACAACCCUGCUUUUGAAAACUCUAGGUAAUCAUUCCUGGGGGAUUUAUCCAGAAUCUAUCUCUACCUUGCCAGUGGGAAAUAGUCCACCCUCCAAUUCUGUUUACUCUGAAUUACCAUCUGCUGAUGGGAAGAUGAAGGUAACUGUUACACAAAUAACAGUGGCACUGAGCAGCUUAAAAAACAUUUUCACUCCUCUGCUUUUUCGAGGACUUCUGUCUUUUCUGACCUGGUGGAUUGCUGCUUGUCUCUUUUCUACAAGCCUUUUUGGGCUUUUCUAUCACCAGUAUCUCACUGUGGCGUGAAUCUCAGUUAACAAAAAAGGAUAUUGAAGUCACACUCUGAAUUCAGAUACUCGUACCUUUGAAGGUCUGACAAAAACCAGAAGAAAGCAAAUACAAAGGAAGGAAAACCAUAUCAGAAUAUCUUGUUUUAAAUACUUCCUCUGUAUUCUCAGGGUGGAUUAAUGGUAUUAAUAUUUAAAAUUAUAGAAUAGAUUGUUAACUGCUAUACUGUGGCAUUGGAAUUUUAACUCCUUGUAUUAAUGGAUGUGAGAGAGCUAUCUAUAAGUGUAAUACUUCCGAUGACCUUGGUUUACAGAAACCUCCAUCAGUCUUUGAAACUUCUCAUAUGACUCCAGUUAUUGAUUGGUUGAUCUUAAUGGUAUUAUGGUACUGUUAAUAUUCAUAAUGGCUGCCUAUAGAACAAUCUUCAAACUGAGCCAUGCUUUAGAGGAGGGAAAGGAGCUAAUAAAGUCACUUCUGUUGGUACUAUGCGAGUCACUCUUCAAACAGCAACAACAGCAAAAUCCAACAGAAAGGAAUAGCUACUGUAUAUUACAGUAAAGAAAGCUACAUAGUAAUUUUAAAUUUAAUGGAGUUGUACAUGCUUAAUAUCUACAAGUACUGCUGCUUGAGAGUAGCAAGAAUAUUAUUUUAAAAUGCAUUCUAGCCAACUUGAGGGAUCUUUUAAUAUAAUUGGCUACGUGAACAUUUGCAGUCUUGCUAUUAGGUUUGGACUGCCCAUAUUUUAUUUUAUUCUAUGAUCCUAAAUAUAGUUCUUUUUAAUAGUCUAAAGAUAUUUAUCAAUAUUGAUCAAACUUUUAAAAAAUUACUUUGUAAUCCUGCUGA